UGAGCUUUGGCCACCGGGAGUCGGGCUCUGGCCAGCGCUGGGGCGUGCCCGUGCUCCCCAGUCUCCCUGGCGCCAGCUGCCCGGUGGAGUGGGGGACGCUGGGUCUGCCCCGGGUCGCUGCGAGGUGCAGGAGCUCUCCGGAGGUGCCGCUCUCUUGAGUGUAAGGGCAGGCACCGGCGGAUAAAGCCCUUCUUCUAGGGAGAGAAAUCUGGACCUCUGUGUCUGUCAUAAACCGUAGCUGCCCGCCUGUCUGAUGCCGCAUUGGAAGCGGAGGGUGCCGCUAUGGAGCGCAGGGAUGGAGGCCACACUCUGUAUCCACACGUGCCUUUGGCUGAGUGCUGCCUGGAUGCCCCUCGUGUUGUCAGACGGACUGGCCUGCGUCGGGGAGUGCACUCCUGGCACUGAUGCUCAGCACGGCAAGCUGACGUGGGCUGUCAGCUUGGACGCGCCCGAGGAGGAGCUGGAGCAGCAGGCAGAGGAGCUGGCCCGGACUGCAGGGCUGGUGAACAUGGGCCGCGUUGGCGAGCUCAGGGGCCAUUACCUCUUCACCUACCAGCCCAAUGGCCAUGUGGCGAGCGAACCUGAAGCAAUAAGGAGGGCGGUGGACACUUUGUUUGCACAGCAUGACAGCGUGCGGUGGCACUCAGAACAGAAGCUUCUGAAACGUUCCAAACGCAGCCUGCACUUUAAUGAUCCCAAAUACCCUCAGCAGUGGCAUCUGAACAACCGCAGGAGCCCCGGGAAGGACAUCAAUGUCACAGGCGUCUGGGAGCAGAACGUGACGGGGCGCGGUGUGACGGUGGUUGUGGUGGACGACGGCGUGGAGCACACCAUUAAAGACAUACAGCCAAAUUACAGCCCAGAAGGCAGCUAUGACUUAAAUUCCAAUGACCCCGACCCUAUGCCUCACCCUGACGAGGAGAACGGCAACCACCACGGGACCCGCUGCGCUGGGGAGAUUGCUGCCGUGCCAAACAACAGCUUCUGCACAGUGGGAGUUGCCUACGGGAGCCGCAUCGCAGGCAUCCGAGUGCUGGAUGGGCCCCUCACCGACAGCAUGGAGGCCAUCGCCUUCAACAAGCACUAUCAGAUCAAUGACAUCUACAGCUGCAGCUGGGGUCCAGAUGACGAUGGGAAGACUGUGGAUGGCCCCCAUCAACUGGGAAAGGCUGCCCUGCAGCACGGCGUGAUAGCGGGUCGCAGGGGCUUUGGGAGCAUUUUCGUCGUGGCCAGUGGCAACGGUGGGCAACACAAUGACAACUGCAACUACGAUGGUUAUGCCAACUCCAUCUACACUGUCACAAUAGGCGCGGUGGACGAGACGGGCUCCAUGCCGUUCUAUGCCGAGGAAUGUGCCUCCAUGUUGGCAGUGACCUUCAGCGGCGGGGACAAGAUGAUGAGGAGCAUUGUGACAACAGACUGGGAUUUGCAGAAGGGCACGGGCUGCACGGAGGGCCACACAGGGACGUCAGCUGCCGCUCCCCUUGCAGCCGGGAUGAUCGCGCUGAUGCUGCAGGUGCGACCGUGUCUCACCUGGCGAGACGUCCAGCACAUCAUUGUCUUCACUGCCACCAAGUACGAGGAUCGUCACGCGAAGUGGGACAUCAACCAGGCCGGCUUCAGCCACAGCCACCAGCACGGCUUCGGCUUGCUGAAUGCCUGGAGGCUGGUCAACGCUGCCAAGAUCUGGGAGUCCGUCCCAUACCUCGCCUCCUACGUGAGCCCUGCACUGAAGGAGGGCAGGAGCAUCCCGUUACUCCCGCAGGAGCUGGAGGUCACCUGGAACGUCACCACCGCCGACCUGGAGCUCUCCGGCAUGAGAACCCUGGAGCACGUGGCAGUCACCGUCACCAUCACCCAUCCCCGCCGCGGCAACCUGGAGAUCAGGCUCUUCUGCCCCAGCGGCAUGAUGUCCCUGAUAGGGACCGCCAGGAGCAUGGACUCGGACCCCAACGGCUUUGCUGACUGGACCUUCUCCACGGUCCGGUGCUGGGGCGAGGAAGCUCAGGGCACGUACCGACUGGUCGUCAGGGACAUCGGAGAUGAGAGCCUGAGGCCUGGGACCUUGAAGCAGUGGCAGCUGACCCUGUACGGCUCCUCCUGGUCCCCAGCAGAGAUGAAGGAACGGCAGAGGCUGCUGGAGGAAGCCAUGAGCGGGCAGUACCUGAGCAGCAACUUCUCCCUGCCCUGCCCUCCGGGGCUGGAGAUCCCCGAGGAGCAGCGCUACACCAUCACAGCCAACACCCUCAAGACCCUCCUGCUGUUGGGGUGUUUUGCCGUGUUCUGGACUUUCUACUACAUGCUGGAGGUUUGCCUGACCAGGAACAACGUGGGGCUCGACCUGCCCUGCAACGGCUCCACCGCCUGCAAAUGGUACCAGCAGGGAGGGAAGCACAGAGCCCUGGAGAGCGGCCUGGAGAUGGAGUCUGUGCCGCUCUAUUGGGAGAAGGACGUUGACGACGUCGAGAUGGAGUGUGAGCACCCGGAGCCUGGCCAGGAGGACGAGGGGGAGGAGGGGUCCUGGACCCCCACCCACCCCAAACUUCCCAGCAGCGGCAGAGCCGCGAGCUUCCACGAGGCAGCCCCCGCCGGAGCAGGGUACCUGGGCCGGGAGGCGACGGCCGAGCUGCUCUCGGAGGACAGGGAGCACCAGGCGUGCUAGCUGGGGCUGCGGGCUGGGGCUGCGUCCCUCCCUCUCGGUACGUCCUUCCCGAGCACGGGCAGCAGAGACUUCUGAGCUACCAGGGACGCCGUUGGGUCCUGCGGAAGGUGGUGUUGGAAGUGGCUCAGAAACAAGGAGAAAGAGUGCUGGCAGCGGAAGGGGAGCUUCCCUUUCCCUCGCUCUGGAAAACAAAGCAAGCCUUAAACCCAUUCCUAAUGGAGCCUGCCCUGCAGUGGCGCUCAGGGCUUCCCUUUGUGCAUGGAGCAAGGUCCCAGGGUGCUGCCCCCUGCUCCGCCGUGGCCCCCGUGGCCUUGCAGCGCUGGGAAGAAGGGUCGCUUUUUCCCUAAUUUCUGCAGAGUGAGCCUGGAAAGUGUGGCAGAGGCCUGCGCAGGCAGGGACCUCAUAGCACUGUCAUUUGCCUGCCCCGCUGGGCCAGCAGCUGGCCAGUACCCACCAGUUACACCCACCUUAGAAGCAGGGAGUCCUUUCGCCCGGCUCCAACCAGCGCUUGCUCCCUGUCCCCAGUGCUCUGACCCCGCCGCCGCCGCCUCGUCUCCCGCGGGCAGGUGCCCAGCCCUGCGGCUGGGGAGGCAGCAGGGCUGGGGGGCCGGACGGGGCUGGCCCUGCUGCGGCGGGCACAGAAGCAGCAGGUAUCGUGGCAGCGCCAGCUCGCUGCGGCAGCUUCCCCCAGUUGCCUCCCCCUUGCUCGCUGGGGCCUCGGUUUGUGCCCGGUGCCCGGGAGGGACGAGGCCGUGGGCGAUGCCCGCUUUGGGCCGGGAAGCGGAGGCUGAGUUGCUCUGGCAGUGGCUCGUCUGCGCGCGGGGUUGGCUUGUUGCUGUGUCUUUGGGUUCCUUGGUUUAUUUUUUUAAAGCUGGGGUUUGUUUUUUAAUCAGCAAAGCCCUUUUGUGUAGCUUUCCAAAUAAAGUCUUAAAAACCCUUCUCUCCCCCA